AAUGUAAAGCAGGUAUGUACGAUUUUGUCACUUUAAGUUUUAUAAAUCAUGAAAAUAAUUAGUUUCUUAUGUUUUGGAUUUGUAAUUCAUCAAGAAACCGCAACUCGAGAUUGUCCAAAUCCCCAUGUUUUACAAUCUAACUCAAAUGGAGCUAGUUUUUAACGUUCAAGAAAGAUGGGGGGCCAAGUGGGAGUGGAUACUAAAAAUACUUCAACAGAGUCCCAACCUUCAACAUCUUAUCAUUCACGAGAAACGAGAAAAUGAAAAUGGAAUCAAUGACAAGAAAUGGGAGGACCCGAAGAUUGUUCCGGAAUGUGUUUUAUCUCGGCUCAGAACUUGUUUGCUUAGAAGUUGUAGAGGCACAAAGAGUGAGGUUAAAUUUGCAGAAUAUGUUAUGAGGAAUUCAAAAGUAUUAGUUACCAUGACAAUUCACUGCUUCGCUUUUAUAGGUAUAAACAAAAUGGAUGAAAUAUUACAGAAAUUAUCGGUUUGUCCAAAGAGUUGUAAACUUAUAUUUGAUUGAUGAUGGCAGGCUAAGAUAUGUAUUAUUCUUACCUGUCUAGUAUUUGGUUAGAUUAAUGUACAAUUAUGAUUGGGAGAUUUG